CUUCUCCAAUAGCUAGGAAUCGAUCUUUACUGCAGGCAUGUCCGUCGCAGAUACAGAUGAGGUCGAUGACCACCUUCUCCUCUUCGAUUUUCCCCAGCUUACGCCCCUGCCGGACGAGGAAUAUCCCCGACACCUCGAACCGCGCAGGCCUGACAGAGGAUACUAUAUUGCAAUGUGUUUGGUUCUUAUGGUUUGGAUGAUAACCCCAAUGUCAUGCGCAUAUCUCUUAUGGUUCAUCUUGUUGUCUCCGUAUCCUCACAACCUUACAGCCACUCUCUUCGCUGCCUAUGCUCUCACAGAAGCUCUCUUUGCAAUUUACCUGUCCUAUCUAAAUUCUUUCGUCCAACGACCGUCUCCCCCAUCCAACGUCUCUGACGAGUUCCGCACAGCACUCAUGCGGCGAGUGUUUCACUCUGGUUUGAGAUACCCCACUCCUCCCAAAGGGGUCCUUGCGCACAAUGACGUGGACCCUGCUGGGAGAGAUGCCGUAGCCGAGAGAGCUGAAGAAGACUACCAAAAGGGGUUUAUUAGUGUUGCCGAGCUGUAUCACAUCCGGGAUAGAGAGUAUGAGGAGUCGGUUGGUCUUCGAGAGAGGAAACGAACCGGAAGAAUGACUCAAACCGAAAGGGCAGUGAUCGACGCGUUUGUCGAGGAGGAAGAGGGUGAUCGCGAGAGGAUGCUGAGGGAUCAAAUUGAGGGGAACUUGAAACCUACGGAAGAGGAAUCGGGCUAUGAGGGCAUUAUUCAAAACGGAGAAAUCGUCAAGCUACACAAGUGGGAUCGUCGAGCGAUUGAAUUCCGCGAGAGAAUGAGGACUUGGUUCAAUCAUGCACCUUGGGAAUCGAUUAAAAAAUUGAACGUCCAAGUCUGGCUUGCUUGGUCUUGUUACGGAUUACCACUGGAAGAUGUAAGGGCGAACAAGGAACAAUCGGCUUUCAUUGACUUGGCAACCAAAUUGCUUGAGGCAAGGACUGGCGUGGACUUUGAGGAAGGGUUUACAUCCAAGGUAGAGGUUAUGAGAUUGACCUUGGAUCCGGUGAAUGCUAAAAGUAGACCGCUCAUUUUAUACGCCCUUUCCAACCUCAUGAACCUUUGGCUUCGGGAGGUAGUAUACCCUUAUCAGGGAAUGGGGCUCUAUCGUGAAGGAGAUAUUGACUACCUGAUUCGCAUACCCAAGGAUUGGACCCCGGACAAGGGCCGCAAAAUUCCUAAUGCCAUGCCCGUAGUUUACCUUCAUGGGUUAGGUUUUGGGCUGCUUCAAUCCCACCUUCUCAUCAAACACCUCAUUCAAUCGCUUCCUACUCAUCCUCUCCUUAUACCUCUAUCACCCCAUACAUCUCAAGCACUCUUUCAUCACCGACACCUCCGACCAUGGACUAGGCCGGAAUUGGUCACUGCCAUGAAAAAUAUAUGUCGUCAGUGGGGAUUCUGGAAUGGAGGCGAUGACGAAAGUAAAGCACAAGGUGGGGAAGGAGACGAUAGAGAAAAGGUCAUCGGCGGUGUGUCCAUGUUGAGUCAUUCGAAUGGGAGUGUCGGGCAUGCCUGGAUAUUAAAAGAUUGUCCAAGUUUAAUAAGAAGAAGUACAUUCGUUGACCCGGUAGUAUUUUGUCUUUGGGAAGGCGAUGUGUGUCAUUCCUUCUGCUAUAGAAAGCCGUCAACUGCUUUGGAACUCUUGUUGUAUUAUUUUAUCGCUGCCGAAGUAGGAAUUGCCAAUUACAUUCAACGUAACUUUGACUGGACGGAAAACACCCUCUUCAUCGAGGAGAUUCCCGACGCCGCUGAUCCAAAGAAGACCGCAUUCUUCCUCGGUGGACGAGAUAUCAUUAUUGACGCUGCCAGGGUCAGAAAGUAUCUUGAGCGCCACGGUGUAACAUCUGGUCUUCACUGGGACGCUACAGCAGGCCAUGGUGAUGGUCUUGCUGGUGUGGCAAGAGACCGAGUAGUCAUGUUUGUUGGUACUGGUACAACCAAUUGGAAAAACUGGCUAGGUACUGGGAGACGACGGCAUUCACUUGGUAUGAAUGACCUUAGAGAGAGGGGUGGCAUUAGAAGAGAUGAAUAAAAUUAGACAGGCGUAUAGAGAAGUGUAUCCCCUUUUUAGAGGUGUGUCGAAUUCAGUUUUAGCAGAUAGAUAUGAUAUGAUGAACGAUUAUGACUCUUUGUAUGAUGGGAUGGACAACUUGAUUUCU